UGCAGGUGGUGAUUGUUUGCAUCUUAUACUCUGGGAGAGGAGUUGUGAGUACCUGAAGCAGUGAGCAUUCUUCUUUUAACAAAUUGUUGGAAAGACAUACUAGCAUUUGAAUGGGGAAGAUGGAGUUUUAUGUAAUUUGGUCUGUAAAAGAUCCCCCAGUACAGCUUAACAGGAAGUGCAGCCCUGUAACCUACCAUACUUUCCUGCCAUCACCUUUACCUGAGCAGUUGGUAGUCUUUGGACUGGGUGAUUGGAAAUCAUCUUGUGGAACAACAGUCUUGGCAGAGGUUUGUGUGAACUCUGAUGUCAAACCUCAGAAGAUUGGAUCACUGUCACCUGAAGUCAGAUGUCUGGUAUGGGAUGGAGAAUGGAGAGUAGAUAUUCUUUUGGCAGUGCUAAAACAGGCUGAGCAAGGUGUUCAGGCUCAGCUAGUACUUACAGCCUCUGGGCAGGACAAGAAGGUUGGCUUUACUAGCACUCCUUCCAAGAACUGCUUUUGGGCUGAACCGAUGAAACUGCCUCUGCAUGUCGACAACAUUUCUCCACUGCUUCCUUCAGAUACAAUUUCAGAGGAUUUAGAAUCACCUGACCUCAUAAGGGAUGAGCACGUUAAGGGUCAGUAUUCACAGCCAGAGGUCAAUGAACAGAUAAAUUUCACAAGAAGCUCCCCUCCAUCUAAAAAGUUAUACAUCUCUGUUAAUGGAGGAGACAGCAUUCAGGCAAUCAAAAUAAAGAAAUUCCAAGAGGAAGAGGAAAUAAUUCAUCAUAGCCCUGCUGGAACAGAGCUGGUCCUCACACGAGAAAAGCUGAUCAAGGCAAAAAGUCGUCUGUCACAAAGAUUUGAAGGAAAUGGAAUUCCACUGAAGGGUCUUGAGGAUGAAUGUGGCACCUGGUUCUCCAGGAGAUUUGCAGUUCAGUUUCCCAGUGUUAUCCACAGUGGGAAAACUGAACCAGAAAUUCUGGAAUUUGAACUGGCAUUUGACAUUGAGGAGGAACUAGAUAUUUUAAAAGUAGUAGUCAUAGCAGCAAUUUUAGCUUUAACGAACAAGUCACCUGCCAUUGAUGGAUUGAAUUAA